CAAGAUUCAGUGGCUUAGCAUCCUGUUAUGUUCUACUCGAGAGGUGCUACGGGUGUUGAAAUGGAAAUACAGAAAUAUGUUGCAUUCUCUACCAGAAAUUUCUAAUUUCCAGUUGGCUAUCCGCACUAAGAAGACUUGACGGUCAAUGUAGAGAAAUGAAAAUUGAAACUUUCACGCAUGUUUCCUCAAAGGGCGGUCUCGAAUAUUCAGGUGUACAGUUAUCCAAAUUCAGGAUGUUGUUUGAUUUCAUAAUUGUCUUUUGUAGGAGUGUAAAUGUCGUUUCAAACCCCGCAAGAUGUGGUACAAUCACGAUCUUCAAAUAUCUAAAUGGACGGAGAUAUAUUUUUAUAUAGUUCUUUUCAUCCUGAAACAGAGUUACUUCUACUCUG